AUGCCCAAGUGCGAUUACUGCGAUGUCUACCUCACGCACGACUCCAUGAGCGUGCGAAAGGCGCACAACAGCGGCCGAAACCACCUGCGAAAUGUCGUAGACUAUUACCAGCAAAUCGGCCACGAAAAGCCCAGUCCGUCAUCGACUCCAUCACCUCCUCCUACGCCGCCGAAGGCCAGGCCCACGCGAACCCGAUGCUUCCCCAGAACCAGCCCGGCCACCAUCACAACUUCCCGCCCUUCCCAUUCCCCGGCGGCGCGCCCCGCCGUUCGCCACCUCUGGUGGUAG